AUGGCGCACGAAGAGGGCAAGUGGCAGGCAGCAGAGUGGGAGGCACGGAAGGAUCGCUGGCCCCUCACUAGCUGCUUGGCUCCUCUGGUACCCUGCUUGUUCUCAUCUGCCCAGUUCUGCCCCCUGGCUUCAGGUGGAGCGACACAGCUGGACCUGGGCAGAGGAACAGGCCCUUAUCAGGCCAGCUGCACUCAAGCUGUGGCAGCUGUGGGCCCCUCCACCAGGUGUGGAGCCAAGAAUUUAUAUAUCAUCUCUGUGAAGGGGAUCAAGGGACAACUUAACAGACUUCCUGCUGCUGGUGUGGGUGACAUGGUGAUGGCCACUGUCAAGAAAGGAAAACCAGAGCUCAGAAAGAAGGUACAUCCAGCAGUGGUAAUACGACAACGAAAAUCAUACCGGAGAAAAGAUGGGGUGUUUCUUUAUUUUGAAGAUAAUGCAGGAGUCAUAGUAAACAAUAAAGGCGAGAUGAAAGGUUCUGCCAUCACUGGACCAGUUGCAAAGGAGUGUGCAGACCUGUGGACCAGGAUUGCAUCCAAUGCUGGCAGCAUUGCAUGA